AGUCGUUACGUCGUCACAGAGAUAUAUAGUGCGUGGAUAGAGCUUCGUGGCGGGCUGUAAACUGACAUGAAGAAUCCUUUGUAUUUAACAUCAAAUUUCAUCCCCGACGUUCAUAAACACAGAAGCAGAAAAAGCACUUACGGAUGGCAGCGUCUUCCUCAUCCUCCUCUGCCGGGGGUGUUAGCGGGAGCUCCGUGACUGGUUCUGGGUUCAGUGCUUCAGAACUCAUCCCCCCACGAAAAGUUCUCUAUACCUAUCCCAAAGGUGCUGGUGAAAUGAUGGAAGAUGGCUCAGACAGAUUUUUGUGUGAGUCUGUGUUCAGCUAUCAGGUUGCAUCCACACUAAAGCAGGUGAAACAUGAUCAACAGGUGUCUCGAAUGGAGAAGCUGGCAAGUUUGGUUGAGGAGCUGGAAGCAGACGAAUGGCGAUACAAACCAAUUGAACAGCUUUUGGGAUUCACCCCAUCAUGAAAUAUAAAUGUGUUCACUUCUGAGAACUGUUCAGAAAACUAGUCUUGUAGUCUUGAUUUUAACUUGCACAACCUAAACAUUUUAUUUUGUCAAUUAUUUCACUGUGUUUUUCAUCAGGACCAGGCUCUAAAUGUUCUGUAUUAUCAGUGAUUAAGUAUGUGAAGGUGAAACAUUAUUGCAAACUCUUUAAUACUAUAAUAAAUCUGACUAUAGAACAUCAUAUAUAACUACAGUAUAUAAUAACUAUAAUAUAUCUUACUUGAGUACAA